GGCUUAGUUAAAGACUGGACCCCAAGCUAUUGGGGCUAGGGAAAGAAAAGCUGAGCCAUUUUCGCCUCUACUGGCACGACGUUGUUAGCGGUAGCAACCCCACUGCCGUUCCGGUGGUGCCGCCCGUUAACUUGACGGUGAGAACUGGAUUUGGCAUGAUAACCAUCAUUGACGAUCCUUUGACGGAAGGGCCGGAAAUAAGCUCCAAAAUGGUGGGAAGAGCACAAGGGCUCUAUGCCAUGGCAUCGCAAGAAGAAAUCGGCGCAAUGAUGUCCAUGAACUUCGCUUUCACUGAAGGGAAAUAUAAUGGCAGCACCAUAACUGUGGUAGGGCGGAACUCGGUGAACUCGAAGGUGAGGGAGAUGCCUGUGAUCGGCGGCAGUGGAAUGUUCCGAUUUGCUAGGGGUUAUGUUGAGGCAAGAACUCACACAUUUGAUAAAAAUACAGGGGAUGCCAUUGUUGAGUACACUUGUUACGUUCUGCAUCAUUGAUUAUUUUUGCAUUUUAUUUAUUUAUUUUUUAAAAAGAAGGGCUAUUCUAUUUAGGUAGAGAUUACCUUCUAUUCUCUUGGCCACGUGUGAUUAAUUAUUAUUAACUAAAUAUGAAUGAAACAUUCGAAUUUAA